AAAAGAAGUGAGGUAUUAAAUCGAAAUUUUCGACCCAUUCAUUUAUAGUCUGAAUUUGUUCGAGACCGUAACAAAGCAGGGCUAUUGAAACGUGUGUCGAGGCAAUUGCAACGUGGGUUUUCCCAUAAAGAAGCUUCUUUAUACCGACAGAAAAUCUAAAUCACGAUAUCUCAGCAGCCACAACUGCUAGUGUGAUCAAAUUUUACCACAAGGAAAGUAUGACUGUUUUGGGAGUAGGAGUGGUAGCAACUAUAGUGACUGGAGGAGCAGCUGCCACAGUGACUGCCCCAGCACUCGCUGGACUCGCACCAGGGACAGGACUUGCUACAGCAGUAAUGGCUGGAACAACCACAGCUUCCUCCGCUGUUGCUGGAUCAGCUGGAAUUGGAGCUACUGUUGGUGCUAUUACUGGAGCUGCUGCUGGUGGAACUGGGGCAGCAGCUGCUACGGGUGCUGCUAUUGGAUCCGCGUCAUCUGCUGCAGUAACAUCUACAGGUGCAUUUUUUGCAGCUGGUCCAGUCGGUUGGGUUGUCCUAGGAGGUGAACAAGACGCCAGCUCUUUUAAUGCCACAUUCGACUGCUGGAAACAGGUUUUACGAGACGAAUCGACCGAACUUUCACGUGGGAAACUCCUAAAAGAGAUUUUCGAGGAUCAGCGCAUCAAACAAGUCAUCGUUCAAGGGAGCAAAAACAAUUUCAACCUUCCUGAAUUAAGUCUGAUCAACAUUUGGGACGAGCAGUUCGACCUCAAAUACCUUGUUUUGCCCUCCAAUAAUCAACUGGUGGCUCACGCUGUUCGUGUCGCCUAAAUAUUCCUUCUUAAAGUUCCAUUCUAAAAGCAAUUCAGCCAACGAAUAAUUCGUUUAUUUUUUUUUUCAAUAGUAAUUUCUUUCUUUAUCACAACUUCUUUCAGUAGUAACAACAUGACUAUCUUAGUGAGUAAAAUAAUGGCAGCCGUUCAAAGCACAUUUGCCGGAAGUGGUUUGAUGGCGGGUGUAACUACGGGAUUGGCAGUUGGUGUCUGCGUACAGCUGGCCAAGAAAGGUGCUGUGACGUCGCUGGCUGGUGUCGCCGGUGUAGCCGGUGCCAGUGCGUCGGCUGGGUCGAUCUUUGGCUCCAUUGUCGGUGGUGACGUCGCCAGUGCAUUGGCUGGCGGUACAGCUGGAGCGUUUUCUAGCGCCAUCGUCGCUGUUCUCUGGUCGCAUUUCUAAAAGAAACUUUUUUACUUUACCCUGCUUCGUGUUUAAUUGGCAUUUCAUUAUUACCACGGCGUUUUGUGAUGCAUUAUUGUGAAUGGAAUAGAUUGAUUGUAAUGUUA